AUGUCUAUCCUCAACCUACCUUCCGAGCUCCUCAUGAUCAUCGCAGAAUCCUUAGAAUGUCGUGAUCUGAAUGCGCUUCUUCAAUGCCACUCUUGUCUCUACAAAACACUCAACGACUCCCUAUACCGACUAAAUGUGCAGCAUCACGACGCAUCUGCGCUGUACUGGGCGGCUUCUUUUGGAUCUGAUAGUGCCCUUCAGCGUCUUCUCGAUGCCGGGGCAAACAUCCAAUGGGAGUCUCCAUACUUCGCCUGCUCCGUACAAAAGCCUGGAACACGCCUAAGACGCUUUAUCUGGAAAGAAAAUAUGAAGGAGCAUCCAAUAUCCUAUGCAGCAGCGCAAGGGCACCUCAAUAUCGUGGAGCAUCUCCUUGAUCUAGGCGUGGAUAUUAAUUAUCGAGACGCCGAUGGCUUAACCCCUCUUGCCCUCGCAGCACGUGAAGGUUAUUUUGCUCUAACUCGCGCUCUCAUUGAUCAAGGCGCAAAACAACUGUCACACGACACUAUAGGUCAAUACCCACCUGCUCAGGCGGCUUCAAAGGGACACCACAAUAUUGAAGAUUACCUCUUUGAGAAACUACGUCAAUAUCCUUACGGCAAAACAAGCCCUGACAUGGACCUCUACUGGAUGUUGAAAUACGCCGCAGAACGCGGCGAUAAUGAUCGCAUACGAUACAUUUUCUCCCAAGGCGCUAAUGUCAACUUUCAACUACAUAUAGAGAGUCACUCCCCUCUAUGUGGCGCGCUCGAAUAUGCCCCAUCUCCAUUAAGUACAGUCAAACUUCUAUUGGAAGUCGGGGCCGAUCCGAAUAGGGAGGUUUCUCAAUCUAUAGAUUAUCAACCAGGAAGACCAGUGCGACCACAGGCACCACUCAAUCUAGCUAUUCCAAGGGAUGACAGCUCUAGCCUUAUUAAGCUUCUGAUACAGUACGGUGCGGAUGUAGACGAACAAAGCCUAGCAUUAGCCGUGCCAAGCGCCCAACAACCGGUCCCCGGUUGUUGGUGCGCCCCGGCAAACACAAAAUUCCCACCAAACGCAAAAUCUAGAAAAUAA